AUGUCUUCGCUCGACGCCGGUUCCAAGGUCGAGGAGGUUAAGGACAAGGAAGACAAGGCAGGGGAGCUUUUGUUCUGUGGUGCUACCUGCUGGGAUAUCAUUGGUCGGAAAAAAGGCUCUGUGGAAGGCAACUUGAGUUCUCCCACUCGCCUCCGCCCUCUCGUCGGAGUUGACAUUCGUUUUGUUGCUUCUGGUUGCACAUCGUGUCAUUGUGUGGCAUUGGACGUGGAAGGGCGUUGCUAUACCUGGGGACGCAAUGAGAAAGGUCAAUUGGGUCAUGGAGAUUUGAUUCAGCGAGAUAGGCCUACAAUAGUAUCUGACCUUUCGAAGUAUAAGGUGGUUAAAGCUGGAGCAGGGAGAAGCCACACAGUUGUGGUUAUUGAGGAUGGAAGUUCUCUAUCUUUUGGUUGGAACAAACAUGGCCAAUUGGGUUCAGGUUCAGUGAAAAAUGAGAUUGAGUCGUCUCCUGUACGUUGUCUUGUAUCUGAAGUGAAACAUACUGCUUGUGGCGGCGAUUUCACUGUGUGGUUAUCUUCUAUUGAAGGAGCUUCCAUACUUACUGCAGGUCUUCCACAGUAUGGACAGCUUGGUCAUGGAACGGAUAAUGAGUACAACACAAAGGAUAGCUCAGUCAGACUUGCUUAUGAAGCCCAACCACGCCCCAGAGCUAUUGCUUCUCUUGCUGGAGAAGAAAUUGUUAAAGUUGCUUGUGGAACAAAUCAUACAGUGGCCGUGGAUCGUAAUGGCUUUGUUUACACGUGGGGCUUUGGUGGUUAUGGAAGACUUGGGCAUAGAGAGCAGAAGGAUGAAUGGGCCCCUCGACGCGUUGAUGUAUUCCAGAGGAAAAACACGCUUCCUCCUGAUGCUAUUGUUUCAGCAGGGUCUGUUAACUCUUCUUGUACUGCAGGUGGGGGGCAGCUAUAUAUGUGGGGGAAAAUAAAAAAUGCAGGAGAUGACUGGAUGUAUCCCAAACCUCUCAUGGAUUUAAGUGGUUGGAAUAUAAGGUGCAUGGAUUCGGGCGGCAUGCACCAUUUUGUGGGUGCCGAUAACUCGUGCAUAAGUUGGGGCCAUGCACAAUAUGGAGAGCUGGGAUAUGGCCCAACAGGGCAGAAGUCUUCUGCUGUACCCAAGAAAGUCGACAUCCUGGAGAACAUGCAUGUCGUAAGUGUUGCAUGUGGUGUUGGACACUCGAUGGUUAUCGUUGAUAGAGCUAAUAUGGCUGACCGACUUGAUCAGCUUGAUGUACACGAUGGCAAAGCUUUUGAUGAAGAGAAUGCAGCAUCGAAUGCAGUACCACAGAAUAAAGGUUCGGCGGUCAAGCAAACCCCGAAGGCUGCUAAAGCGUCGCAGAACGCGAAGAAGAGGAAAAAGGCUAAAGAUUCAUCUGAGUCAGAGGAGGAAGAGGAGGAAAAUGAAGAUGGCAGCAGCAGCGAUGAAGAUGAGGCGAAUGGGCUGUCGGAUUCAAGUGAACAAUAUGGGAGCAAAAGUAAGGGUAGAGGAAGACCAAAGGGUGGUAAAAACUCAUCUGGCGGAGGAAAAGGCAGUGGCCGUGGACGGGGACGCCCCCCGUCAAACAAGAAAUCAACGCCUUCUCAAGGAAAAGCGGGAGCAGGUAAGAGAGGUAGACCUCGAAAGACAUGAGGACAAGACAUCUACCCUUCAAAUAGUGUAGGUUUUUAUUGGUGAUCCUUACUUCAAUUCAAGUGAAAUCAGCAACUCUGUUACACCAGACUAUUCCUGCAAUUUUGAGAUUAUUUCACCACCAUUUGUUUUCAAUGAUAUGCUUAUCCAGAGAUGAUGUCACUUACUUACCUAAUGACAUUGAUGAUUCAGAACUUCACCUAGUUUUUUUUGAGCUAUGAAGGUAUAUCUGAGUGUAAAAACAUUACAACAUUCUUAGAGUUAAAUGGAAAGCUUCUCUUUCAUGUCA